CUAACGUACGCUUCACUUCCAAAAUGGAAAAUUCAGCUCGCAGUUCACCUGCUCUCUUCUCCCAUUCAAUUUUCAGCGUGGAAUUGAUCAACGAAACUUCCUUCGAUCCGAAGUUCCAAGUUUAGAACAAGGGACAUCGACUCUGUCAUCAGCUGCUGCUGCCUCUUCCUCUUAUCCUCUAUCUCUGCUCGAAGUUUUUGGGGCUUUGAGGAUUUGAUGGGGGCGAAACAAUCCAAAGAAGAGUUGCUCUACCAGAAGGUGAAUCAAGGGAACGUCGAAGGCAUCAAAACCCUUCGCUACGGUGGAGCUGGACUUGAGUGGGUUGACAAGGAAGGAAAGUCUCCACUGAUUCUUGCAUGCACGCGUUCUGAUCUCCUCCAAGCUGCCAAAGUUCUGAUUGAAAUGGGUGCGAAUGUGAAUGCUUAUCGCCCUGGGAGUCAUGCUGGAACUCCUUUACAUCAUGCAGCAAGAAAAGGCCUCGAGAAAACUAUUAACCUACUUCUUUCUAAUGGAGCAAAUCCAUUAUUGAUGAAUGAUGAUAGCAAGACCCCUCUUGAUGUAGCUAGAGCAAGAGGGCAUUCCAAGGUUGUUCGUGCCAUUGAGAAACGUAUAUGUUUAUUUUCUGGUUGGAUAAGGGAGAUUCAUGGGCCAAGCAUAUUGGAAGCAUUUGUGCCACAACUGGUAUCAAAAAAAAUUUGGGCUGUUGUUUUACCUUGCAAUUCUCGUAAUCCUAUGAAUCCUCAGAAAUUUGAGCUGGCUAUAUAUCCUAAUCUACAGGUUUCUCAUCCUCGAACUGUAGUAGCACUUUGGAAAGCUCAGAUAGAGCAGCCAAACUUCAAUCAACCGGAUCCUGUAUUGAUUGUUCAAGAUACUAAUAAAAAAAGCAGGUCCAAGUUUUUAUCUGCAACUGAAGGCGACAAACAGCAGAUGCUGUCAUUCUACAAUGCUUGCAGAGGGAUAUACCAGUUCUCUCAUUUGCAGCACACCAAUUUUGUUUCACCACCACCAGCUGCUCCUCCAUUACCACCUAACAAAUUGCAGGCAACAAACACAAAUUGUCCAGAAGACACUGAACUAACCAUGGCCAUCAAUGCCUCCAUUCAAACAGCUAUAAACGAGGGAGUCCUGCUUCAUCAUGGCCGACAACAUGCAGAAGUUGGCACAAUUGAAUCUCCUAAAUCUACACAGCCAAAUUUCACACCAAAGGCAAUCUCGCAGCAGAUUCACACAAGACAAACUAAAACCCGAUGUGCCUCCCACAGCUCUCUGGAAUCAGUUCCAUCUGCUCCACCAUUUUCAGAAGACAUGUUUUAUACAGGUUCCAUUCAGUACCCAUCAAUAGAUUUGAGCUCCAUUGAUGCUGAAAGCAUGCUUGUUAAGACUGAAACUAGAGAAGACAGAGGAACUAACAGUUCACCUUCCUUUUGUGUGAUCUGCUUGGAUGCGCUGAUUGAGGGCGCAUGCGUACCAUGCGGUCAUAUGGCUGGAUGCAUGUCAUGUCUGAAAGAGAUCAAAGCAGAGAAAGGAGAGUGCCCGGUUUGUCGGACGAAGAUUGAGCAGAUUGUGAAGCUCUAUACAGUUUGAUUAGGAGCAUGCAGAUUAUAUUACACUACUUUAGUUUCGUUUGGGACGGCUUUUUUGGUGCUUUUUAAAGCAGCUUUCUAGUAUAAAUUAAUUAAUUUUUUACUAAAAAAUUACUUUAAGAAGCAGUAAGAAAGCCAUCCCAAACGAAGCUUUUAUUUUCUGUUUAUAUGGUGGUGGUACUGCACAUAUACAUAGAUAUGUAAAUGAUGUUAACUAGUCCUGCAUGAGAACAGCUGCUGAACAUAAUCAUGGUGAGCAUUUGAUGAUGAUUGUUUCAUUAGUUUGUAUGGUUUCAAUGUUGAAAUUAAAUUUUUUUGAUUUUAUUUGUAAUUAA